AUCAAGCUAUUUACAUCUGGGUUUUUCAAAUUUUGGGGCUAUGGAGCUAGAAAAUAUAGUAGCAAAUACUGUAUAUCUUAAGGCCAGAGAAAGUGAAAUGUCGAAAAAGGGUGGGAGAAGCAAAAAAUGGAAGAAAAUGCUGGAGUUACCACCCGUUAAAACUAUCGGCCAUAUCAAAGAAGAAAUACCCCUCACCCUAGACUACAUCUACAAUAAACAGCCUAUAGGCAAGAUAUUGUUCCGGCAAUUUUGUAAAGUCGAUCAAGUGACGAACAUCAAUGAUCCAGCCGAAACAGCCAACACAACGACGGGUGAUCCUAGAACGAGAUACGUUAAGUUUUUAGACUCUAAGGAUGAGUUCGAUUUAGCUAACAUCGAGGACAAAUACUCGUUGGGCCUGAAAAUUCUCGGCAAAUACCUUGUGAUUUCGUCUUCUGAUUACGUCUUCAAAACUGAAAACGGCUUAAACCCAGUCCAAAACGAUCCUCCAAAGGAGCCGGUCCUUGAAAAUAUGGAAUCCCUUAAAGAAUUGACGUCGGAUCAAAUCGUGCAAUUGCUUAAUCACGGCUCUAAACUAGUAUUCGAACGCUUAUCACUGGCCCCGUUCCAUCAAUUUCUAUUGAGCAAAUAUUUUGAGCGAUAUCUGCAAUUUAAAUAUCUCGAAAAGCGCCCAGUAGAACUCGCAGAUUUUCGUAUGUUUAGAGUGUUGGGCAAAGGUGGCUUCGGGGAAGUGAACGCGUGUCAACACAGAUCUACGGGUAAAAUGUACGCUUGCAAAACCAUGCUCAAAAAAAGGAUAAAGAAAAAGCACGCUCAACGCAUGACACUUGACGAGAAAAUGAUACUGCAAAAGAUCGAUUCUAGAUUUGUGGUUAGUCUAGCAUACGCUUUUCAAGCUAAAGAUGCCCUCUGCCUAAUCCUCAGCCUUAUGAACGGUGGCGAUCUUAAGUUUCAUUUACAAACCAUGAUAGAGGUCAGAAGCUCUCAAAGUUUUUUACAGUCUAUGGGGGAAAAGCUGACUCCUGUCACAAAUCAUGAUAAUGGCUUGGACAAAAAUAUGCUGAACCCAGAGGACGCUCUAGCUACACCGGAACGUCGUUCUUUAUCUUCCCUAAAUUCUUUGCGUAAAAAUUCCGUUAUGAGCUCCAUCUCUUCCUUCUUAAACCCUUCAUCCCGGCAUAGUUCCCUUCCUUCCAAUGCCACCAAAAAUGAUCAAGUUGUCAAAGAAAACCACAAAGAAGGAAAAUUAAACUCUAAAAAAUCAAACGAAUCUGUACCCAAAUCCGGAAAAUCUUCCACCAUAUCUAAGAAUAGGGCUAACUAUACAUUUCCCGGCCCGGGGGGCUUUGAUUUGGAUCGGGCAAGGUUCUAUGCCGCCGAAAUUGCUUCCGGACUUAUUCAUAUGCACAAAAACGGCAUUUUGUACAGAGAUCUCAAACCAGAAAAUAUCCUUUUGGACCACGAAGGUCACUUGCGGAUAUCGGACCUAGGAUUGGCCGUUCAUUCUAGCCCAGAUCUCCCUGUCAAGGGUAAAGUGGGCACUGUGGGUUAUAUGGCCCCGGAAAUAUUGCUCGAUCAGGAAUAUUCAUUUCCCGUUGAUUGGUGGAGUAUGGGAUGCCUGGUAUACGAAAUGAUAGAUGGAAAGUCCCCAUUUAGAGGUUACAAGGAAAAGGCGAACAAGUCUGAAAUCAAUAAACGCAGCAUCAGAGACCUCGAAAUAUAUUUUAGCCACAGAUUUGAUCCGGAAUCUAAAGAUAUAUGCCAAAAGCUAUUGAAUAAAGCUCCGGAAUCCAGACUUGGAUCUAAAGAUGAAACUGAAGAAAUUAUUAGCCACCCAUUUUUCGCUUCACAUCUUAAUAUGGCUAAAUUACAAGCCGGAAAAAUUACGCCUGACUUUGUGCCUGAUCCAAGAGCCGUAUACUGUAAAGAUAUUUUGGAUAUAGACCAAUUCUCCUCCGUUAAAGGUAUAACUUUCGACGAAAAUGACGCGCAAUUCUAUAAAAAAUUUGACACCGGUGCUGUAUCAGGUCCUUGGCAAGAAGAAAUGAUAGAAACGCAAUGUUUCCAAGAACUCAACAUAUAUAGCACCAAAAAUCCCGAAUCAGCCGACCUCAAUUCAUCCGACGAGGAAAUCUACAACGGCAAACGAUGGUCGAAACGAAGCAAAAUCGGAAAUCGGGCCUUUCUGAGUCGAAUUUUUAGUCGUCACAAUAGAAAGCUUACCGUAUCCAAUAAUAAUCCUCCAAAAAACUCUGCCCUUAAUAAUACGAACAAUGCAAGUACUACGAUCGGUCACAGUGAUGGCAAUAGAGUAUUCUGGAACAAAUUCUUUAAAUUUAAUAUUUGUGCUGAUGAAAGCUAAUGUCCACAAUUUAUUUCUUGGUAAUCACUCAGGGUAUUGUUGUUUCCAAUGAAGACAUAAAAAACAUGAAGCAUCUAUGCAUCUUCAACAAUAUAAUAUUAUAUAUAGAAUAUGAUAUCACAAAUCUGUAUAUUUUUGUAUAUCCACUUUUUUUAUACCUAAAACCUUACAUGAACUCUCAAAUAUUAUACG